UAGAGACGUGUGGCUCAGCGAGGCCUCCUCGCGCAGCCACCGAGACGCGCAGAGGACGGCUAGAGCGUUGCUUGCCGAGCCGGCUUCCUCUUCGUAAGUCCUCCUUCCCAACAUGGCGCAGUCGAUUAACAUCACCGAGCUGAAUCUGCCGCAACUAGAAAUGCUCAAAAAUCAGCUGGACCAGGAAGUGGAGUUCUUGUCCACGUCCAUUGCCCAGCUAAAAGUAGUACAGACCAAGUAUGUGGAAGCCAAGGAUUGUCUGAACGUGCUGAACAAGAGCAACGAAGGGAAAGAAUUACUCGUCCCACUGACAAGUUCUAUGUAUGUCCCUGGGAAGCUACAUGAUGUGGAACAUGUGCUCAUUGAUGUGGGAACUGGCUACUACGUAGAGAAGACAGUUGAGGAUGCCAAGGACUUCUUCAAGAGAAAGAUAGACUUUCUUACGAAGCAGAUGGAGAAAAUCCAGCCAGCUCUCCAGGAGAAACAUGCCAUGAAACAGGCUGUCAUGGAAAUGAUGAGCCAGAAGAUUCAGCAGCUCACAGCCUUGGGGGCAGCUCAGACGACUGCUAAAGCCUAAGAGUUUAUUGCAGAAAUGGAGCAGGGAGGAUCCUGCUUCAGGGACCUGGGACUCUGUGGGCGUGGCUUCCUGGUGUAGGGUCUCCUAUUGUCAAUAAAUAUGCAAGUUGGACAGA